CCCGCCGGUUCAGGUGUUAGUCCGGAAACGGGAAAGGGGCGGAAGGGCGGGUCGCUGCCUUAGAAUAAGCUGGUGGAAACGUCCUGGGUGAAGGGCUGAAGGAGGACCCUGCGCCCAGGAGCGCGUGGCUUUAGGAAGGAACACGUGGGGAGCAGCCCCACCUGUGUCCUUUCAGCACUUAGGGGGCCAACUGGAAAAAGGAGACUUAAACUUCAACAGUUCUGGGCUGCGAGUGAAAUCUCUAAGCCAUCUGACCAUGCUCAUCCAACCCAGGUCCCUGUGACAAAGGUGAGAAGAUGCUAAAGACAUGGUAUUAUUUCCUGCUGUGUUGGCUGUCCUUGCAGCUUGAAGCUAAUCCUGGUCUUAAAGUGAGGAUGACUCAGAAAGGGCUGGACUACGGCAGGAGGGUUGGGAUGGAGCUCCUGAAGCAAGCAGUAUUGAAAGAGACCUUUCCAAGCUGGAGUGGGCAGGAGAGUUUCGUGAUUGUUAAGGUCAACUAUGUAAUUUCAGGGGUCAAAAUUAGUGCUGUAGAUUUCCCAGAAACUUCUGCUUCCUUUAUUCCCAGCACUGGCAUUCGUCUGUCAGUGGCACAGGCUUCUGCUACCAUCCAUGCAGACUGGAAAAUGAAUACCUGGCUGCUCAAAGACCAAGGAGGAAUUACCGUGUCCAUAUCAGGACUGUUUCUUGCAGUUGUCUUCAAAGUGUCAAGGGACAGCACAGGCCACUUGUCCAUGUUGCUACACAAUUGCCAGCUGAGCAUUAAUAGUGUAAAAUUCAAGUUAAAUGGAGGAUCUAGCUGGAUCUACAACUUUCUGUCUGGUCAUCUUGAGAAGCCUGUUCGCACCCAAUUGGAUAAAAAUCUAUGCCUACAUAUCAAAUACAAAAUCCAAAUUGUGGAUGCACAGCUGAGAAAGUAUAAGGUGUUAAGCCAGAUUGAUGCCUUUGCACAAAUAGACUAUUCCCUAGUUAGUUCUCCAGCAGUCUUCGAAUCACACAUUAACUUGGAUUUGAAGGGCACAGUCUAUCCAGUAGGAAAUCACACAGACCCUCCCUUUGUGCCAGCUCCGUUUGCUCUCCCAAACCAGUAUGAUUCCAUGAUCUACCUGGGAGUCUCCAGUUAUUUUCUGAAGUCUGCUUCACUGGCUUACUACAGAGCAGGGGCCUUUAACAUCAUCAUCUCUAAAGAGCUUGGUACUGCUUUUUACCUAAAUACUGCCUUGCUCAAACAUCUUGUUCCUGAGAUUGCUCAGAGUUACAUCAGGGCGUAUCCAGUGCUGCUGAAGCUGAAAGCUACAUCACCACCUGCUGUCACUUUAAAUGUAGACAGAUGCAUCCUUGGGAUCACUGGCACUGUAGAAGUGUAUGCUGUCCUGCCAAACUCAACCACCCACUACAUCUUUGCAGGGAAUGUAACAGCCAGUACCAGAGCCAAUUGGACAAUAACCAAGCAGAAGUUGAUUAUCUCAUUACUUCUGAAGAGGCUCCAGUUCUCUCUGCUGCCCUCCACUCAUGGGUCCUCUGAGCAAAUGUUGUUGAUGAAGAAUUUUCUGUCUCACACUUUACGGAGUGCAGUGAUCCCAGUGAUCAAUGAUAAACUAGGAAAAGGACUUCCUCUUCCUAACUUGUCCCAUACCACCCUGACUGGACCUGUAAUAAAAAUGAAUGAGGGCCAUCUGGUGAUUUCGACUGAUGUUCACUACAAACAUGAGAAAGAGGGAGAUGAAGACCUCCACAGUCACACCUAAUGUCCCUUUACAUUUAAACAAUGAGAGAAAAAUGUAGUCUUGCUUCUGUUGGCUUCUAGGGAGUAGAUGCUUUAACAUUAGAAGCAUGGCUUUUUGUCACUAUUUUUAAUGUUUUAGUAAAACUUCUUAAUCACUUUUCACACACAAAAUCUGCUGGUUUUUAGUACAGUGAGUGUAGCUGACAGUGUUAUUGAUGCUUUAGAAAACUUGUUGCAGCCUGAUGAGAAGGAGUGAUUGGUUCUUUUCCCAAGAGCUACAGACACCACACUUUAUUAAUCUGAAGAACCAGUUCUUGUAUUAUUCAGCCCAUCUCUAUUAGUGUUAGCAAAAACUUUGUGUAUGGAGUGAGACCUUAUUCUUUGUCAGAAUGUCACAUUUUGUCCCCUUGCAACUGGAUACCAAGAGUGACAAGAGAUUUCUAAAAUCAAAUGAAUUGUCAUAGAAUUACAGAAUCAUAUCAUCUAGUCCAGACCCUGGCUCAAAACAGGACUAAUUAGACCAGGUUACUGAGGGCUGUGUCCAGUCAAGUCUUGAACCCCUUAAAAAAUGGAGGUUACACAACCUCUCUGGGGAACCUGUUCCACUAUUUAAGUACCUUCAGAGUAAAUUUUUUUCCCAAUAGCUAAUUAGUAUUUUCCAUGUUCCAACUUGUUCUAUUGCCUUUUGUCAUAUCACCACAUGCUUCCAAGAAGAGUCUGGCUCCAUUUUCUCAGUAGUCUCUGGUCAAAAAGUUGUAGACAACAAGAAGGUCUUUCCAGCCCUCUCUUCUGCAAGCUGAAGAAGCGUGAUCUCUCAGACUCUCCUUGUAGGUCAUGUUCUCCAGACCCCUUGAUGGCACCUGCUGUACUUGAUCCAGGAUGACAAUGUCCUUCUUAUAUUGGGUAGCCCAAGCUACCAAUGCAUCCUGUCCAGUCCCGUGGAUUUGUGUAUGUCCAAGUGGGCUAAGUGAUCCUGCACUCUGUCUUAAUCUGCUGGGAGUGCUGCCUCACUCUCACAGACUCUGCUAGGGGCUCCAGCAACCUGGGAGGCCAGGGGACAGGUCUUGCUAGUAAAAAUGCCCUCUUCUAUGUCUCUUGUCACUAGUUCCCCAGCCUACUGAGCAAGAAGGCCACAUUCUCCUUAGACUUCCUUUUGCUAUAGAUAUACUUACAGAAACCUUUCCUGUUGUCCUUCACUUCCCAAAUUAAUUUCAGCCCCAACCGAGUUUGGUUUUCCUGACUUCAUUCCUACAUGUGCAAGCAAUAUCGUGUUCCUCCCAAGUAGCCGGUCUCAGCUUCCAUCUUCUCUGUGCUUCCUUUUUGUGUUUGAGUUCACUUAGGAGCUCCAUGUUCAUCCAUGCUGGCCUUCUGCCACAGUUGCUCAAUUGUCUGAACACUGUAAUGGACCAUUCUGAUGCUCUGAGGCAGCUGCCGUUGAAGAUUAGCCAGCUCUUCUGGGUCUCUGCUCUCCAGGGCAAUUUCCCACAGAUCCUGCCAAGCAAGUCUCUGAAAUCUGCUCAUCUGAAGUCUAUGUCUGUAAUUCUGUUCUUUGUCUUGCUCACUUCUCCCAGGAUCUGAAACUUCACAGUCCCAUGCUCACUGCAGCCAAGGCUGCCCUUAGGCUUUACAGCAGUUCUUCCUUCUUUGUGAGUAGCUGCAGCUCUUUGAGGGUAUCAAUCACAAAUUAAUUCUGUACCUCUCAUAUUUGUAAAAUGGAGCUAGAAGCUUUCUUUGGUCUUCUGUCAGUGUCACCAGAGACAUUCAACCAUGAGACAUUAAAAUUGCAUGGAAAGGAGUACUACUCUACAAAUGUCACACUAAAGAAAGUUCAGUUCCAAUUUGGGACAGAAAUGUGGCUCACGUUUUAUUCUUAGCUGAAACAGUUAAUUUAUCUAGCUGGCUGCUACAGUUUUUUACUGAAAAAAAUAAAAUAAAAAUCCUGAAACCAAACAGCAGUAAAUCACAGUUAGGCUUCCAAUUAAUUGGAACCUGUUGUAUGUGAAGAGUGACUCGAAAAACAAUGGAAGAACAACCCAAAAGAAGUGGAGAUUUUAAAAUAGUUUGUUGUCCCUCUUUAAUAACACUUCAGGAACUUUCUUCUGGCUAUUUGGGGGAGAAUUUGUGAGAUACAGCGGGGAAAAAUAAAACUAAAGACUUGGUGCCAAUCCUUUUGCCCUUCCAAUGGGACACAUGCUUCAGGGCCAACCAGGUGCGAUGGUUUAAUGGGCCUUCUCAGACCUAAGCCACAGCUUAGCCCAACUCUGCCCCUGAAGCUCUAGUCCUCUGGCUGUUUUUCAUCAAGUGAUGAAUGAGUAGUUUCUCCAAGGACUAAAGAGGAUGCUUUAUGCACCAGCAGUUCCAUCCUAUACUUACCUACUGAUCACUGUACUAUUUUUGAUCUGAUGUUGCUUCCCAAUUGACAAAACAACAGAAAUGAUGCAUCUGUCAGUGUGCUGCAGACUAAAGCACAUGGAAAAAGGGGAGAAUGGAGGGGCAGGAGAAGAGGACCACUGGAGCACUGUACCAGAGGCAACAACUGGAAUCAUGCAAAGCCAAAAUGAUCUACAGAGGUGCAGAGGUCUCCACUGACUGCCACACUGAUAAGAUCAUUUGUUUUCAUGUAUAUUGGAUAAAAAGGAUCACAAUCUGUAUCCACUUUAGCUUAUAAAUCAAACCAAAUACAUUGUGGCUCAACAGAGAAAACUGAAAUAAAACAUUCCUAUUAGAGGCUCUUUGUAACAUCUUGAAAGGCAAAAAGUUUGGGUGUCGAAACUGUUUAUAGCAUAUCUGAAUGUGCUAUCUCAAUGUGUCUGUAAGCAGGUAUUUGGCUUUUACUGCUAUAUUUGUAGAAAGAAAUGAUGAAACUCUUCUGGAAGCUUUAGUGUGUCUUUGUUAACUUUUGCUGAAGGUUUUAUCUAAAAUGGGUGGUGCUCCAUUAGAAGAACCAUAAAAUGUUAAAAGGAUACAGUGAGGAUUAGCUGAGAUAGUUUUCAGACAAUUCAGUUGUUUUCUAAGUCUUGGAGAUCUAUGUGGGUGGAAACAGUGGAGAUUUUUCCCUUGCUUCAAAGGAUCUACAGAACUUGUGCAAAAAAAUUUAGAGGAGAGGUUUAUGUAACUGAGGGUGUGAUUUUUAUUCAUUCUCAGUUGCCAGAGAUAUCAAUAAUUAAAUUAUUAUGCAUGUGA